AUGGCGACGCUGUCGCUCAAAAUCUCGAUAGAAGGCGGGAAGGUGGUGAAAACUAUACAGUUUGACCCCACCAGCUCAGUCUACGACGCGUGUAGGAUUAUCCGGGAGAAAAUUCUGGAGGCCAACACUAGUGAUGCUAAAGAAUAUGGACUCUUCCUCGCCUCUGAGGAGGAUAACAAAAAGGGAAUCUGGCUGGAAGCAUCCCGCAGUCUCGACUAUUAUAUGCUGAGAAAUGGAGAUCUCUUGGAGUACAACAAGAAGACGCGAAACCUGAGAGUCAGGAUGUUGGAUGGGACAGUUAAAACCCUGUUAGUGGAUGACAGCCAAAUUGUCGCGAAUCUCAUGGUGGUCAUCUGUACUAAGAUCGGAAUUACCAACUACGAUGAGUAUGGAUUGGUCCGUGAAGAACAAAAAGAAGAAGCUGAUCCAUGUGAAAAGCCCAACUACGGUACGCUCACGUUGAGAAGGAGACACCACGAGAAGGAAAGAGAUGCAAAGAUGGAACAGCUCAGAAAGAAAUUAAGAACAGACGAUGAAGUGAACUGGGUGGAGCCAUCGAAAACACUCCGCGAACAAGGAAUUGAUGUCACCGAGACGCUCCUCUUGCGAAGGAAGUUGUUCUUCUCAGAUCGUAACGUGGACUCACGAGACCCCGUUCAACUGAACUUGCUGUAUGUACAAGCGAGAGACGCCAUAUUGGACGGAACUCAUCCAAUCACACAGGACAAAGCCUGCGAGUUUGCGGGUAUUCAAUGUCAGAUACAAUUCGGCGAUCAUAAAGAGGACAAACAUACACCUGGCUUCUUGGAUCUUAAGGAAUUUUUGCCCGCGUCCUACGUAAAAGUCAAAGGCAUUGAAAAGAAGAUAUUCAAGGAGCACCGGAAGCACAUAAACCUGAGCGAACUGGACGCUAAGGUUCUUUACACGAAGAGUGCGAGAGACCUGCCCACUUACGGAGUGGCUUUCUUCUUGGUUAAGGAAAAAAUGAAGGGAAAGAACAAGUUGGUGCCGCGUCUUCUUGGUGUGACCAAGGACUCGGUUCUGCGUCUGGAUGAAAAGACCAAGGAGAUUUUGCAGACAUGGCCUCUAACUACAGUUAGGCGUUGGUGUGCCAGUCCCAAUACGUUCACCCUUGACUUUGGCGACUAUAGUGACCAGUAUUACUCAGUUCAAACAACAGAAGCCGAACAGAUUCUACAAGUGAUAGCCGGUUAUAUUGACAUCAUCGUGCGCAAGCGACGCGCAAGAGACCACCUUGGAAUAGAGGGGGACGAAGGCUCCGCCAUGUUGGAAGACUCUGUGUCCCCUUCCAAGGCAAACAUAAUUCAACACGACACUUUCAAGUCGGGCAAAGUGAACACCGAAUCCGUCGCCAAACCGGCAGUUCUCAGACCAGGAGCUGAAGGUGCCAAGCCGUUCGCAGUCGGCCACAUGACCGGCGCGCAACAGACCACCGUCUCAGGACAAGUAAUUACUGGACACACACCGCCGGCUGCAUCGCAAGUACAACAAACAAAGGUGACGUCCAUCCUCACAGAACCGCAAAGAGCCUUACUCUCCACCAUAACUUCUGGCCGGGAAGUUAUCAAGCACACUGAAGAGGGAUUGACCAGGGCGGCGCUACCAGCGCUUGGUUCCGAUGCAGGCUCGAUCAGAUGGAAAACAUCGACUCUAGACAGCAGCAAGCAAGUGGUGACGUCACACAUAGCAGCCAUGAAUGCGGCCACUGCGCAAGUCGUAACGCUUACCGCAGGGCCAACAGAAGAAGUAGACCACACAGCUGUCGGUGCUGCUAUUACGACAAUCACCACAAACUUACCUGAAAUGACCAAAGGUGUGCAGAUGAUAGCGGCACUUAUGGACGACGAUGAUAAUGGUGAUCGUCUUCUUGAUGCUACGAGAAAGCUGUGUAGCGCCUUUACAGAUCUGCUGCGAGCUGCGGAACCUGAGACAAAAGAGCCCCGUCAGAACUUACUCAACGCAGCGUCUCGUGUCGGAGAAGCCUCAACAAGUGUCCUUUACACAAUUGGCGAAGAAUCCCCACAAGAUAAGGAGACACAGGACAUCCUGCUCUCUCUCGCCAAAGCCGUAGCUAACACAACGGCUGCGCUGGUACUGAAGGCGAAGAAUGUAGCAGCGCAAUGCAGAGAUGAGCAGCCACUGCAGAAUACUAUUAUUGCCGCGGCGACGCACUGUGCGCUUGCGACUAGCCAACUUGUCGCUUGUGCUAAGGUGGUCGCCCCGACCCUCCAUAACCCGGCCUGCCGCGAGCAAUUAACAAGUGCAGCACGCCAAGUUGCCCAAGCUGUGGAGAAAUUAGUUGCGGCUUGUCAACAUGCUCCUGACUCGGCAGGACCUGGGGUUGAACAGCUCACCGUCGCUGCACAGAGAGUCACAGAAGAACUGGAGAGAUUGUUGGCACAUUGCGAUCUUGACCGUCGAGGACAGGCUACAGUUAUUGAGCAAUCUGUGGAAAGUGUUUUGACAGCCAGCGAGCGGCUAGGCUCGGCGGGUGAACCGUCGGAAAUGCUUCGUCGGGCCAGACUCUUGGGACAAGCAACAGCUAGACUUAUCGCCGAUAUUAAGACGGAGGCAGAAAGACAACCAUCAGAAAGUCAAGGCAAAUUACUGGCAGCAGCCAAGCUAUUGGCAGAUGCUACUGCGCGAAUGGUGGAAGCGGCUAGAUUGUGCGCGUCAGAGCCACAGGAUCGUGACAAACAAGAGGCAUUACUUCGCGCAGCGGAAGAGCUACGUUUUAUUACAGCUGAUUAUGCGCAAGGGCAGGAUAUUGUAAGCUCACAAGUAGCCAGGUUACAUGAGAGUGCACGCCAAGCUGCGUCCAGUGCAACACAAUUGAUUGCGUCUGCGCACAACGCCACACAAUAUAACACUAAUAAAUAUUCUCAAGAAGCACUGCUCUCAGAAUGCACUUUAUUGAGCUCCCAUAUUCCACGGCUUACUGAAGCGGGCAGUGUAUUCAGUGCUCGACCACACAAUCCCGCUUCCCAUUUAGAUCUUGUUACAGCUUCGGAAACAUUCUUGCAGCCAAGUGGUCACGUGGCGCAAGCAGCCCGUGCAGUCUUACCAACAGUCAGUGAUCCGGCAGCUAACAAGCAACUUGCGGACACUACGAAUCAAUUUACCGCUAGCUGUGCUGAUCUAAGAUCCGCAGUGAGUCGUGCUCGUGCGUCGUGCCGUGGCUUAGAAUUGGAUGCGGCGGCGGAAAUACUUCGUAGUCUCCAGGAUGAAUUGGACGAAAUGGAGCGAGCGUGUGCGGCAUUCGACUUGUCUCCGCUACCAGCACAAACAGUCGAAUGGGCGUACUCUCAAUUACAAAGCGCCGGUCGUUCUGCCGGAUCCGCUAGCGCAGCGCUAAGCGCGGGGGCGAAGCGCAGCGACCCAGCCGGUUGCGGGCGAGCAGCCCUCGACCUUGCCUCUUCGUUGCGUCAUUUCGCACCGCCGCUACGCGCUGCUCUUGCGCAUGCUCCAGCUGAACAACAGCCUAGAGUGCUAUCAUCUGGCCGCCAUGUUGUAAACUCAUCGCUGAUAUUAGUGGAAAGCGUAAAGAAAUACCUCACCAGUUCAGAAGAAGUCGACUGUGCUAACAUAGUUAGCAUGGCCAAGAAUGUAUCGCAGGGUGUGGAGUUGACUCUCGAGUCAGUUCCAUCUCACACCGAGCUGGAUGCCGCUAUGGAGAACAUCAACCAGACCUUGCAGAUUUUGGACAUGGGUGAAUUACCGCGCACAGACAAGAGUUAUGGGGAAUUACAAACUGAACUGAACGCGGCCGCAGUUGGUCUUAGCACUGCUUCUUCUGACGUCGUGUCUUCAGUGGAGCAAGGAACGCUUAGUAGUAGCGGAAGACACUUCGGUGACGCCUUUAAUAGACUCAUGGGCGUCUCGCUGGAGCUGGCUGGCCAAACUGAGGAACGUGAAUCCCGCAGCGAGAUGAUCCGAUCAAUGAAAACUGUGACUGUCAACUCUUCGAAGCUGCUCGGUACCGCCAAGUCUGUCAGCCAAGAUUUGACGCGUCCCAACGCUAAGAAUCAACUGGCGGCCGCGGCUCGUGCUGUCACUGAAAGUAUCAAUAACUUGGUUGAUGUUUGCACCGAGGCGGCACCAGGCCAAAAGGAAUGCGCUGCAGCUAUAAGAAGCAUAGAGAGUACCAGGACUCUUCUCUCGCAACCAUCACAGCCGAUCAACGACAUGGGAUACUUUGCUUGUCUUGAUGCUGUUGUCGAGCAGAGCAAAGCACUCAGCGAAGGCAUGUCUGGUAUGGCAAGUUCUAUUAAGAAGAGCGACAGCAGCCAGUUUGCUAGAAGUGUCAGUGGGGCUGGAACAGCUGUACAAACGCUUGUGGAAUGUACCGCGCAGGCUGCUUACCUGACUGCGGUUUCGGAUGAGACGUCAGUGGCUGGUCGUGCAGGCUUGGUCGACCAAGCUCAGUUCGCUCGUGCCGCGGCAGCUAUAGACCGAGCUUGUUCUACACUUAGCGAUCCUAGGACAGACCAACACCAGGUACUAUCAGCAGCCACAGUGAUUGCUAAGCAUACUAGCGCCCUCUGCAACGCAUGUCGUGUUGCCUCAGGGCGUUCUACGGAACCGCAGAGUAAGCGACACUUCGUGCAAGCCGCUAAAGAUGUCGCCAACUGUACUGCGGCACUUGUCAAAGAGAUUAAAGCACUUGAUUUGGAUUAUAGCGAGGCAAAUCGUGAGAGAUGCGCAAACGCAACCGGGCCCUUACAAGAAGCGGUGCGAAGUUUAUGCCAAUUCGCAGACAGCCCCGAGUUCGCAGCAGUUCCCGCCAAAAUAUCACCACAGGCCAGACUCAACCAGGAGGCCAUUUUGGACUGUGGCAGGAGUAUAAUAUCUGGCUCUUGUUCGAUGUUGGAAGCAGCUCGGGUACUAGUUCUGUCACCGACUGAUCGUCCUCAAUGGCAAGCACUUGCUUCUCACAGCAAAACCGUUUCAGACAGCAUCAAGCAACUCGUUACUAACAUUCGUGAGAAAGCACCGGGACAACGUGAAUGCGGUCGCGCAUUGGAUACCUUGAACAACCAACAGCGCGAUUUGGAUCAGGUUGCUAUACAAGCCGUUGGUCAGGAGUUGAGACCUCGUCAAGCUAAUACACUUCAAGGUAUGUUGAACGGUCUAUAA